AUGCCUAGUGAAAAUGGUAUUUAUUGUAUAUGGCUCGAUCUUCAUAUUGGAAUCAUUGAAGAAUAUCGAGCUUUUCAUGAGAAAUUUCAAGAAAAGCUUGCUCCAAUAAACGGUUUACCACCGGAUUCGAUUAAUAAUCUGAUGUUAUGUUUCGAACAAGAAAUUGCUCCAAUCAAAUUUGUUUCAAAUAUCGACGAUGCUUUGGUUUUGAUUCAAAAUGAAACCGAAAAAAGAAUCAUUCUGAUAUCUUCAGGAACAUUAGGCAAAAAUAUUGUUCCCUUUGUUACUGAGAAUUACCCGCGUGUUUAUUCUUUCUAUAUUUUCUGCGCGGUAAUUAGUAAUCACUGUCGUUGGGCACUGCCAUAUAGCAGUUGUUUACAAAUGUUUGGUCAUGAAACUGAUCUGCUUAUCCGUCUUCUUCGUGAUAUUUCAAAGGAAUUCAUCCAUUUAGGGCGUUCAUAUCUAGCGGUAGACGAGGGAGAAAGUGCCCGACAAUAUUUCGUUACUGCUCAAACGCUGGAAAUAGACGCUAACAAUGCAGAUACUAUACAUCAUACAUUCAACGAGCGUCUCGACUUGCUUCAAGGCCCAAAUGGUCUUAUUCGAAGAGCGAAAAAUUUAAGAGACGAGCACAUAGCACGUGAAACAAUAGCUUUCGUCGACGAAAUUCAAUAUAUACUUGUUGAUCUCUCAGAAUCUAUGAAUCCUACAGCCGAAUGUAUUGUACAUUUUCUCAAGAUAUUUCUUUCGCCACAAACACUAAUAACAAUCGACAAUUCAUCAAGCGAUGAUAUCAUUCGUCUUAUUGAUAAGCCUACAUGCUUGUUUACAACCAACAAUGCUUUAGCUGAACUAUUGAGAGAACGUUGCGGUUCAAGCAAUCUAUCGCUUUAUAUGAUUGAAGACAAUGCUGAUCUAGUAGAUAAUACAACACUUUAUGGUAAUAUCAAUGAUCUUGUCGAUAAACUAGUUGAACUCAUUGUUGCAAAAUAUCGACAGCAAGCUGGAAAACAUAGAAAUAUAAGAAAGACUCAGUUGGCUGAUAUUGAAAUGAAAAUGGCUGAGCGGAUAGAAUACGAAGUAAGAAAAUUGCAAGCGUCCCAGUUGAGUUAG